GGAUGUGACUUCUUGUGAUUUGCACCCCACCUACUGCACUACAUAAGUUCGCCGCUACACUACCUAGUACCUUCACAGGAUAGGUACAUACUCAGUACAUAACACCUACCGAAAACAGAAAUUGAGCACGAUUCAAAUCAAACAACGAUAAUCCAUGAUCCUUGGCAGCUUACCUAACUCACCACAACUCGGAUUCCAAUUCUCGGUACAAAACAGUUCCACUCUCUCUUCAACCAGUCAAAGUUCCAAGGUUAUUUUGACGAUUUCAAUUCUUGGGGCUUUAAGCGACGACGAUUGUACCUAGCCAAAUUAAUUUUCUUGUCUUUCGUUCUCUCGUCGACCGCCACCAGUUCUUCCCAAAUGCGUCGCGUACCUGUCAGAGCUUUUCGGACGACCUUUCAAUGUACUGUUCGAGGCCUCGCUCGUACUAGUCGUCCGCGGCGCAGUGUCUUUCCCCACCACUACAACGCCAGCCUGAGCAUCCGAUCUGCCUCGUCUUCAACCUCCGCUUCUUCCUCUUCCACACGCCCCAAUUAUGCAGUAAACGAACCCCUGCGAUCAUCAAUGUACAUCCGUCGAGUCUCCGUCGCUUUAGUAUCUAGCCUAGUUGGCUACGGCGCCUGGUACACAUACAAGGGAGGAAAUACUUUGGAACAGGUCGGCGCUAAAUCAUACACGACCACUCCGACCCAGUUCGCCAACAAUCCUGCACAGACCCGAAACGUACUCGUUGUGGGAGCGGAUGAACUUCAUACCGGCACAUUCGUGGGCGAAGGCCCAAUAGCCAAGAACGUAGACGGUAGCGGAAGAAACGUGCUCGAGAUGCUCACCCCCGAGCAAGCAACCGAGAAAUUACGCCACAACGAAACUUCCUUCCUAGUCAACCGCGGACAAGGAGUUCUACGAUACGAUGUAGUGCAAGUUGCGAGCAAUAACCCGAUCGAGGACGACCAUGCCGAGAAGGUCGUAGAAGUAGUCUCACCAGGCGACGAAAAGGAUAUCGAAAAGCCUACCAACGACUGGAUGUUCUGGGGUGUUUUCGAUGGACAUGCCGGCUGGACAACGUCGGCGAAGCUUCGACAAACCUUGAUUAACUUUGUGGCUCGAGAACUAAACACUACUUACAAGGCAGCCGGAGUUUUGGGAACUGUACCGUCAGCGGAGGCCAUUGAUAGCGCCAUCAAACUCGGAUUCACCCGCCUAGACCACGAAAUCGUCUACGAGAGUGUAGAAAAGGUUCUGAAAGCCAACUCGAAGCGCGUUGCCGCCGAGCUCCUAGGCCCCGCUUUGUCUGGCUCCUGUGCCCUAUUGUCGUUUUAUGACAGCAGCACUAAACUGCUUCGCGUCGCUUGCACGGGUGAUUCUAGAGCUGUUCUGGGCCGACGUAGUUCGUCGGGAAAAUGGACGGCAACUGCCCUGUCCGAAGACCAAACGGGAAACAACCCUAAUGAAGUCGCCCGAAUGCGUAAGGCCCAUCCAGGGGAGGACCGUGUGAUUCACAAUGGUCGAGUCCUCGGUGGCCUAGAGCCGACUCGAGCCUUUGGUGAUGCUAGCUAUAAAUGGACUAAGGAAGUCUCUGAGCGCCUCCGUGCAUCAUUCUUCGGCCGAAGCGCUUCGCCACACCUCAAAACCCCCCCUUACGUGACAGCUGAGCCUGUCGUCACUACGACCAAGAUCCAACCCGAAUAUGGAGACUUCUUGGUUAUGGCUACUGAUGGCCUCUGGGAGAUGUUGACGAAUGACGAAGUAGUUGGACUGGUUGGCAAAUGGAUCGAGACACAAACUGCAGACCAAUCUCAGUCGCAAUUUGGUGCUAUGUGGUCCAAAGUCUUCGGCUCUAACAAAGAACUCCCCGUCGAAGCUGGCAAGGACGCUGGACCUGAUGGCCAGAAGACCCCGAUUCGAUUACGACAAUGGGGAAUCUCACCUGACGAGAAGGAACGAUUUGUCGUGAAGGACAACAAUGUUGCCACUCAUCUCAUCCGAAAUGCUCUUGGUGGAAAGAAUGAGGAGCAAGUAUGUGCCUUGCUCACAUUAGUCUCGCCAUUUUCAAGACGAUACAGAGAUGAUUUGACGGUACAGGUCAUCUUCUUCGGCAACGGUCCGAAGAAUGGGACUAUUCUCGUCAACGAGGAAGCUUCAAGUCCACCCGAAUCGUCCAUGAAAGCAAGAUUAUAGUCUCUAUUCCCCCCCUUUACGAUGAAGCCUGAUUAUGAUAGACUAGCACAGUGGAAGCAAAGGAUAGAAUAUUUCUUCCAUACGUAAAAGCCUGGCAGGUUUAGGGUUGUGGAAUAAAUGGAUCAUGCGGCAUGGCGUUUUAUGGAUUACCAACAUUCACAGGAAGAUUCAUAUGGAUUAAGGGGAGAAACGAGCAUUGGAAGGUUGGGAAGCCUAUCUUAGGCACCUACUUCAAUUGUAAAUAUAGGGCCCUCACGUCAAUAAUACUCGCGUUAUAGUAGAGUUUAAUUCCAAGUGCAUACUUUCAAAGUAUUACUUUGUACCUACUUAUGGAGUAUGCGCUUAAGAAAGUGAUGGAACCUCGGGCUAAUAAAUAGCGAUAGAUCCACAGUUCAUCAUAGCUAGUUACCCUAAAUACAACGCUAAUAGUUAUCCGCA